AUGAAGCCAGCGCUGGCGCCGAUCCCACCGAGGGCGCCGCGGUGCGAGAACAGUUUUCAGUCUCCGUCCGGCAUUCGUGUUGCUUACACGAAGGACUGGGUGAAGCAGCAUCCGGUGGAGGGUGAUGGCCUGUGCGCUCAUCUCUACCAAUACUUGCACAAGAACGUCAAGGGCAGGGAGCACACCAUGUCUGCGGUGCUCUUGCCGGAUACGGUAGUGUUCGACCACAACUUCCCCCGCGCAUGGUACGCCUACGACUCCAAGAACAACGAAAUCGUGAAGCGGCCGGGGUCGAUGCUCGACGCGCAGACGAUGUAUACCCACUUUGCCGAAUCUGUAAAGGGCUUCGACGUCGUUGCCCAGUUCUUCCACACGAGCGUCAAUGUGGAGGAGGAGUGGAAGGCGGUGCUUACGCCACUGCAGCUGAAGACGCACGCGUGCGCCGAUCAGCAGCUCACAUACGUGGAGUUCUUCACAGCUGACGCGCUGCACAGUUUUCUGUUUGACCAGAAGCGCAAGCCGGACGGCGUGCUGCAGAAGUUCAUAAUCCCCAAAGGUGAGGGGUCCAGCCGGCACAACUUUCAGCUGCAGGUGAUCUGGACCCCGUACAUCACGACAGUCUACCGUCGCACAAACCGCUGCCGGCUGACAGAUUACGUUGUGCCGCUCGCAAAUCGCGCCGCCACCUUUGAUGGGGCGCCGUACCUCAGUGAGGAGACCCUCGUCGCUGACGAGACCAAGAAGCACGCGAUGCAGCUCUGCGAGAGUAUUGCAGACCACUUCUACGCGACAGAGAAAAAGCGCCUUUCGCGUCUCAUACUGUACGUGAAGACGGACGAUCAGAACCGCACGUGGGUGCUGUGGAGCAGCUGCAUUCGUGUCGCACCUGACGCCAUGAACCCGACGCUGCUACGCGUGCCCAUGUGCCUAAACAUGCGGACAGAAGUGCUCAACAACGGUGGUAGCACGCUGGCGCGGCUGCAGGCGCGCCGUCACCGGCAGCGACAGCUUCUCGCGCUUGACGCGGAGCUCUUUGAGUUGUCACGUGACUUUCAGUUUGCUCUCACGCUGAACGCGUCCCACAAGCGGCAGGCGAAGGCGCUCGGGCUCCGCGAUGGGGGGCGUGGAAGCAGGCCGCAAGUGCGUCCCACACGGUGGUGCGGCGGGGAGCAGGUACCAGUGGAGCCAGGGAACCCGCUCUACCCGUCAUUCGUGGCCCUUCAAGUGGGCAGUGGCGGUACUGCCUCGGCAAGUGUCAUGCUGUAUGGGGACGGCGACAGCGGCAGCACGCAGAUAAACCGGGCCAGCGCCGUCUCUCAGCACGAUGGCGCCUACGUGGCCGGAGGUGCAGACGAGUUUAUGCUCGACCCUGUUGCACAGGUGCAGGAGGAGCUGGUUGCCUUGGCUAUGGACGCAUGGUAUGCAACAUACUCCACAAUGCUGGCCGACGAUCCUCAUGUGAUGCCGACGGCGCAUGUCGAGCUGGCAGCCCCGCUCGUGGGCACACUGACGCCAGAGGAGCUGCAAGGGCUGGUGGAAGUACUGGGGCUUCUUCCUAUGCCCAGCGAUCGCACGGCUGCUACUUCUCCUGUAAGUUCUACUGGCGGUGCUUUGACUACCCCACGCUCUCAUUACGUGGUCUCCCCGUACUUGGUUACGUCUGGGCGGCGCCUGGAUCGUCCGUCGGUCGAGGUGGAGCUCGACGUGGUGAGUUACCUCGAGGAACUUUUCCGCCGUCGCGGAGACGAGAUCAGCCGCACCUACAUGGUGAAGUUUGACCACUUUCUAUGA